AUGGAUGUUGAUAUGCCAGAUGCCGGCCCCUCCAAGGCUGUAGUCAAAUCCAAGGGCGGUGACGGUGACGGAAAGAAGAGAUUCGAGGUCAAGAAGUGGAGUGCUGUUGCUCUCUGGGCUUGGGAUAUCGUUGUUGAUAACUGUGCCAUUUGCCGAAACCACAUUAUGGACCUUUGUAUCGAAUGUCAAGCCAACCAGGCCUCUGCCACGAGUGAAGAAUGCACAGUAGCUUGGGGAAUCUGCAAUGUACGUGGUCUCCUCCAUCUAAACUACCCCUCCCAUUCCUUUUUCUUCUUCUGUUGCUUCUAUGACCCUCCCCACUUCUGA